ACAAAUAUAUACAUAUACAUAUAUAUAUAAACACACACACACAAAGACAUCCCCACCCAAAGUCCCAAAAAGGUGUCGGUGCUUUUAAAUUCCUCUUAUCCUAUUUAAUCAAAUCUCUCCUUUUAUUUCGGUACCAAAACUACAAAAAUAAAAAAACCAAUGGAAACUUGCAAAUGUUCAUCAGGAAUAAAAAGAAAAAAUAACGAUAAUAAUAAAAAUAAUCAAAGACACCCUUAUAGAGGAAUACGUAUGAGAAAAUGGGGAAAAUGGGUAGCCGAAAUCAGGGAACCAAACAAACGGUCUAGGAUUUGGUUGGGUUCGUACGUUACACCAGUUGCCGCCGCACGUGCGUACGACACGGCUCUGUAUUAUCUACGUGGCCCAUCAGCCCGAGUUAAUUUUCCGGAAUUGUUGGGGUCGGAUUGUGAGAGUUUGGAUGAGUUGUCUGCUGCCAGUAUUAGGAAAAAAGCCAUUGAAGUUGGAUCUAGAGUUGAUGCAGAAACCAGUGGUGCAGCCAAUGAAUUGAAGGCUUGUUGGUUUCAGGAGAAACCCGAUUUGAAUAAGAAACCCGAACCCGAAGACCCGGAUGGGGAUUGCUGGUGAGUGAGGGUAAUCAUGGGGGUGGGUGUUUUGUAUCGAAAUACGAUAAAUCUUUUGACUCAGAUGUAUACGAUUUAAUCGGGUUAUCGAUGGUGUCAGUGUUAUGAAUGGAUGAUGGAUUUUGGGGGAAGAAGAAAUUAGAAAUGUAUGAAUAUUUUAAUAUAUUUUCAUUUUUAAUUAUUCUCUUUUUAUGUAUUAUCUAUUUCUAUAUCUUGGAAACAGAUGAAACAAGUUUUGAUGUUUACAAGGAUAAAUUAUGUACAUAGAUCAUUCUUGUCGUU